GCAGGAAGUGUGCUUGUUUUGUUCUUUGAGGGAAAAACAAAAAGCCGGCUCCAGUUUUACUCUCAAAGUUUCGCUGCUUUUGAAUAACAUUAAGUCGCGUUACAUCCAGCACUUUUGAUGUUGUUGAAAUAAAAAUAACUUUGCUUUUAACGGGCACUGUUCAUUUUCAUGGAAAGCAAAGCGUCUGCUGUGCUGAAUGCUGUUCCCCCUUAUGGACAUAUCAUUGCCUGUGAGAAAUGGAGAAACUGUCCUCUUAUUCAAAGUCUAAAAAGUGGAGGAGUAAAAAUCCUCUUUGAAAGUGAGCUUGGAGUGGCAGAUUUCCACCUGCCCAAUAAAACCUGCAUCCUUUAUGUCUCAGAAAGUGACAUUAUUGCAGGAAGCAGCUAUAAACGAAAGCUGGUUCGCUAUAGAAAUGCUGGCAGCAGCUUCCAGGGGUUGGUCUUGGUGGAAAACACUAGGCUGAGUGAGCAGUACUUUAUAGCUGUGCAGAAGUUUGUGGUGUUUGACCUUGGCCUAACACUUCUGCCUGUCAACGGCCAGACAGAAGCCUCCCAGCUUAUCGCUCAAAUUGUUCAUGGAGAGAGCCGAGAAAACCCCUUCAGAAGGAAGUGCGCGUCACGGCUGAUGGACCUGCAGGUUUUGUCCAUGGUGCAGAUCAUCCCUGGGGUGGGCAGGGUCAAAGCUCUGGCUUUGCUCCAGCACUUCCCCAGCAUCCAUCGGCUUUGCAAUGCACCCCUGGCAGAUCUGGAGGCUAUUGUGGGUCAAACAGCUGCUCAACAUAUCCACAGCUUUUUCCUAAAACCCACAUAGUCUGUUAAUACUCUCUGUAAAUGCCUGUUAUCAUUUGCAACUAUAUUGUCUUUUUGUGAAACUAACAUUGUACUAUUUAAUAUUUAGCAACAUGGUUGUUUUGCUAUGUCGGCUGUUUGGAAUGAAAAAAAGGACCUUUAUGCAGUGUGUUGCUCACUAAA